AGAACUCCAACACAGUUUAGCAAAUUGAUCAUACAGGUGCACUGUGCAUUCAAGGGCUGUUGCAAAGGAUGUUCCAGAAGAUUUGAACAUUGAGUGGUGCGAUUUUGUGUAUCUUCCUGCUAGAUCCUGCCACCAAGAGCUUGGAAGUGAAGAACACCAUGUCUCUGGUUAGCGCUUACUACAGUGGGAAGUCAAUCCUUAUUACAGGAGCCACCGGGUUUUUGGGCAAAGUCCUGAUCGAAAAGCUUCUCCGCUGCUGCCACGAUCUGAAAGCCAUCUACGUGCUUGUGCGGCCCAAAGAUGGACAUCCCAUGCAAACUCGAGUGGAGAAUCUGCUGAAAUGCAAGUUGUUUGAUAGAGUCCGCGAAGAAUGGCCCAACUUCCAUGAGAAGAUUAAGCCCGUGGGUGCUGAUCUCACCCAGCCAAACCUGGCCAUCUCUCCCGAAGACACCAAGGAGCUGCUCUCUGAGAUCAACGUGAUCUUCCAUUGUGCUGCAACUGUUCGAUUUGACGAGCCCCUGAAGGACGCCCUUCUCCUGAAUGUCAUGGGCACCCAGCAGCUCCUGGUGCUGGCCCACCAGAUGAAGAAUCUCGAAGCCCUCAUCCACAUUUCAACUGCCUAUGCAAACUGUAAUCAGAGGCACAUAGAGGAGGCCUUCUAUCCUGUUCCUGUGGAGCCAAAGAAACUUUUUGACAUGGUGACGUGGAUGGAUGAGUCCCUCGUUGAAGCAAUCACCCCCAAAUUGAUUGGAGACUGGCCCAACACCUACACGUUCUCCAAAGCUCUGACCGAGCAUCUCAUUCAGCAGGAGAAAGGGGACUUAAAU